GCAUGAACGUCACGCCAUUUAAGCUUUACAAGAGAUUGAACCUAGGUGAAUAGAAACAGACUAGGUUAGUAUUACCUUGGCUGACCGUUUGGUAAUUAGUCCUAGGGGUAUUGUGGAAGAUAUCCUAGUGAGGGUGGGCACAUUCUAUUAUCCGACAGAUUUCAUUAUCUUGGAUAUUAGUGAAGAUGCAGAUAUGCGCCUCAUACUAGGACCUCCUUUGCUUGCCAACGCCAAGGCGUUAAUUGAUGUUAAUAAGGGUACUUUACUAUUGAGAGAUGGAGAGGACAAAAUUACCUUUUCGAUUGACACUAAGAGUAAGAAGGGUGAUGUAAAGGAAAUGGAAUCGAAGGUUGUGGUUGCAAGUGGUGGUGAGCCCCUGAAGGCAAAACCCACUAGUGUUUUGGUUCCUUUGGAUGAUGUUAAACAGGAGCCUAAGGCGGGUACUAAACCUGAAGGGAGGAAGAAGAAAGCGUGGUGUGCAAAGAUGAGCCACAUCUUUGCCCCAAAGCAGGACAAGGGUAGGGCAAAAGUGCCCGACCAAGCACGCCACCCUUUGGAGCUUAAGAUGGGAGGCGACAAGUCUCUCCCCGAGACCGUGGCGGAUCCACUCUCGGAAGCCUCGUGAUCUCAAGCAUGAAAGGUCCGCAAUGUCGAGCUGGCGACGUAAACCUAGCGCUUGUUGGGAGGCAACCCAACAUAGGUUUGUUUUCUUUUUCUUUGUUUCCUCUUUUUGUGAUUGAGUGAUUAGUUUAAGUGGUUGAGUGGUGAUCACCGUGCCAGAGUUGUGUGUCUACAUGUUUUAAAUGUGUUGUGAUCGAGCUAGGGACAUGGUUGAUUAGAUCGAGUUAUGAAAUUUUGGGAAAUGCCCUGUUUUUCACCAGUUCACGGUUUUAGCCCUAUUAUCACGGUCAGCCGACUGUGUUAAUGAGGCGGAGAUCGUGAACAAAGGGCAGCCCCAGUUUUUAAAACGUAUCAUUUUUGCCCGAGUUCACGGUCAUAGAGUUAUUAUCAUGGUCGACGCGACCAUGAAAAUUAACUUUCGUCCGUGAACUGUGGGCUCGUGCAAUAUAAAGGGUGUGAACCCUUCUUCUUCACUUCACGCUGCCAUCACUAGAAUCCUCUGAAAUCCUAACAGGAAAUCGCGACAACCAUCAUUUUUCGGCAAUUUUGGCGACUUCUGGCCACCCAAAUUCAAAAUAAAAACUAGACCCAAUCUUCUCUCGUCUGGGUGCGCCUUCGCCGAGAUUUGGGCUCAAUUUUUUCUGCAAGGCAAUUUCCGGUGAGCCUCAGGUGAAUUCCCGGCGAGCCUCUCUAGGCAGUUUUUGUGCAUUUUUUUCGAAUCCCUCGCCCUCUCCUCAGCUUUCAUCGUACUUGAGUCUACAGGUUUGUUUUAAAAUUUUACCUUGUUAAUUUUGGAGAAUCGGAUUUAGUAAAUGAAUGUUGACAUUGGGCGAGGGGUUAGUUGAUUAAUGUUAUUUGAAUUAUGAAUGAAAUGGUUAUGAGCUUAAUUGAGCCUUGGUGGGUACGAAUUGGGUAGGAUUUGUGUUGAAUUGAGAAAAUUGCCCACCAAGUGCAAGGUUGAAGAAAUGUUGAUCCUCUUUUGUGAAUGAUGAUUGGUGGCCAUUGAGGCAUGGUUUAGGCUCGAUUUUGCUUUGUUGAUUUAUUUAUGAAUCAUCUAGAACCAUGCAUCGAUGUGCCUUGUGUGCAAUUGAGCUUAAAUGUUUGAGAAUUGGUCUUGUGCGAAGCCUUGAAGCGGAAUAGCCAUAGUGGGAUCCUAUAUGUGGGGGGAAAUUCCUUUUCUCCCCAUUGAUUUGAAACUAAUGAAAUGUUUCCACGUAUGGUGUAUGGUUAUAAUGUUUUAGCAGGAUGGAUGAUACCACUCACCCUAACAUUAGCUACUUGGUUACGGCAAUAAAUUCGAAUAGUGGAGGAACAAUCAUGCAGGACCGCACUGGUUCUUAGGCCUAGAUUUGUUCACCAUGUUCAGGUGUUGGUCGGCGUGUCGGGGGUGCUCAUCUAUCCCUAGUGGCGGAGUCUUUUAUCCGUGGACGAGCUCAUCUACAGAGAGCUCUGUGUGGAAUCAUUCUAUCAACACUAUUAAGCUCACAAGCAAAAAGCUCCUAACAUGAGACUGCCCCCGAAGUCACAAGGCUCAAAGGGGUUGACUAGAGGAUAAAUCAUUUCGGGACAA